GAAUAUCAAAACGGGAUGAGCCUGUAUUCCCGGCAAAGACUCAUACAGAGUAGUUCGUGUGAAGGACCUCGCUAUUUGAUUCCACUUCUACUACUCUGUGUUUACAUUACACACUGAGAAAAUUAUGAACAACUGUCACUCUCUGAGGGUGCAAACUGCCAUGAAUCACAAAGACAAGAAGUAGUCUUCUACAAUCACAAGAUGACUCAGGAUGGAUCAUGCAGCCGCCCAGCUGGAGAAGCAGCACGUGCAUGACGUGUAUGAGAGCACUGCGCCUUACUUCAGCGACCUGCAGAGCAAAGCCUGGCCUCGCGUCCGCCAGUUCCUCCAGGAGCAGAAGCCCGGCAGCCUCAUCGCUGACAUAGGCUGUGGGACUGGAAAGUAUCUUAAAGUGAACAGCCAGGUACAUAUCCUGGGCUGUGACUACUGUGGGCCAUUGGUAGAGAUUGCCCGGAGUAGAGGAUGUGAAGUCAUGGUAUGUGACAACCUUAACCUCCCCUUUAGGGAUCAGGGCUUCGAUGCCAUCAUCUCCAUAGGAGUCAUACAUCAUUUUUCUACGAAACAAAGAAGAAUCAGAGCAAUAAAAGAAAUGGCCAGGGUCUUGGUUCCUGGGGGCCAGCUGAUGAUUUAUGUCUGGGCCAUGGAACAAAAGCACCGGCACUUCGAGAAGCAAGAUGUGCUUGUUCCAUGGAACAAAGCUUUGUGCUCCCAGCCCCUCUCAGACUCCAGCCAGCCGGGGAGAAAGAAGCAGGGUGGGCAUCCAGAAAGGAGCCAUCCCUACCACCCUCCCUGCUCUGCGUGCCGCUGCCCUGUUUGUUUUAAGGGGCGCUGUGACUCGAGGCGGUCCCACAGCAUGGACUGUGAUUCUGCCCUGGCUGGCACCUGCUGCGCAAAUAGUUCCAAGGAAGGCGGGGAAGAAAAUGGAUUCUAUAAUACACUGGGGAGAUCUUUUCGUUCCUGGUUUUCCUCUAGAUCUUUAGAUGAAUCGACUCUGAGGAAGCAAAUAGAAAAAAUGAGGCCCUUGAAAAACACAGAGAGUUGGGCCAAUAGCACGAUAUCCACCCAGCCUUCAAGACACUCAAGUUUCGACUUAGAUCAUCCAGAGCUAUGUUCAACAGGAGAGCAAAAUUCAGACGAGGACGUGUUUGUGGAGACGUCGCAGAGACACCUGGAGUGGCUGAGAGCAGCUGCCACACGCAUACAUCUAAACGGAGACCAUCAAGGAGGCAUGAGGAGAAAUGGAGAUGGGCAUUUUCUGGGGAGCACUGAUACCAAAGAGAAUGGUGUGGAUGCAGGUAACUUAGAAGAGGGUACCGCUUCUGCUAGUAAGACAUGGAGGAGGAUUUCUGCAGCUGAUUCCCCAGAUUCCAACCCAGGUGACUGCAUUUCUGUCGAAGAACAACAGCCCGACGUUUUGGAUUCCGGAGCCUUUAUGCGAUAUUACCACGUGUUUCGAGAAGGCGAGCUCUACGGUCUGCUGAAGGAGAGCGUGUCCGAGCUCCACAUUCUGAGCUCUGGGAACGAUCAUGGCAACUGGUGUAUCAUUGCAGAGAAGAAGGAAAGUUGUGAUUGAUGAGAUCGUUUCAGACAACUCCUCCGAAAGAUUUUACUGAUCUCUCUGAAGUAUGUACUUUGAAAACUUAGACUCCGUUAUUAACACGGGGUCAAGGAGUGUCUCUCCUGUUCCUUCUCCUUUACUUGCUGGCAUCACUGCAGCGUCCCACUAUCUGAAGUGGCGGGGAGCAUGUUGGAAGGUCCUUAAAAACCUCUGCUGUCUGACUGAUGCCUCACUGGCCUACCUGAGGAAUUCCAUAUGAACAGGCAAAUGAUUUGGAGGAAAGUGCAUUAACAUGGACCACGGAUGCAAAAUAACAUUAGAGGGAGAACCAGGCAAGUGGCCCAUUUAAAUUAUUAUGUUUAAAAUUGUCACUAAAGUGAUUAAAUGACACCAGCAUGUCACAGUAACUAACACACCAUCUAACACACAUCGUGGAUUAUCAACUUGGGUUUGAUAAUCUCUCUUCUCACCACAUGGCCCUAUACACAGGUCGGUGUGUGACUCCUGUUUCUAGUUUGCCUUUCUGUGUCCUUCUAAAUUCUAGAUGUCAGGACUUCCUCUGUUGCGUAAUUUUUUUUGGCAGCACCAUGUGGCUUGCAGGACCUUAGUUUCCUCACCAGGGAUAGAAUCCGGGCCCAUGGCAGUGAAAGCACUGACUGCUAACCACUGGACCACCAGGGAAUUCCCCUCUGGGUUUUAACUGAUCAUCAGUUGAAAUGGACAAAAACUGGCAGUAACCCAGAGAGAAAAUAAUCUAAAUAUAAAUCAGCUAAGAAUGUUAAUGAACUUGUAUAUUCAUGGCCACAAAAAGAGUAAGCCCUGGUGGAUGUUUUAAAUAAAAGUAAAUGGGUUUG